ACGUGAUGAGCAGGCCACGCCCGCGCGGGAGAAUAGAGUAGAGAAAGGGGCCGCGCCCGCCGCCGCGUGUCUCUUUCCCGCCUGACCGGCGCGCUCCAGUUCCGCUCCCCGCUGUCGGCUCCGCUGGCCGCCCGCGGCUCUAGCGGCGUCCCCGCCGCCUCGCCCCACCGUCGCGCCGCCGCCUGCCACCGUACCGACCGCUGCCCCCCCUCAAACCUUCUAUGACUGUCGGCGGAUGUCGCCGAACCAGCCGCCGCCCCCCCCAUAACCCGAACCUCCCCCAAAUCGCCGGCGAUAACCGCCCGCUCCUCCGCCGCGUUCCGCCACCGCCUUCGGCCGCCGCACCACCGCCUCCAUCGCGAUUGCUGAUGCUGGAGCUGAAGCGACUCAUGUGUAGACAACAGCAGGAGCCGCGGCGGCGCCACAAAGUCCGAUCCCGUAAUGGGUCGAUUGCAAUGUCUAAACCAAGGAAGGAUAACUCUCAGCGUAGGAAAAGAAUAAGAUUUUCGGGACCGAACCUCCCAGAGGACAUCGGGUGUCAUAUACAUUCCCUAAUACCAAUGCGAGAUUCUGCCCGUGUUGCUUGUGUAUCUCGCACAUUUCAAAAUGCAUGGUUACAACAUCCCAACCUCAUCCUCACUAGGGAAACUUUGGGCUUCACGUUUGCAAAUGGUGAUAUAACAAGGUCGUUCACUAGUAUAGUUGACCAGAUUCUGAAAAAACACUCAGGAAAUGGCAUGACGACACUCGAGCUUGACAUAUCUGAUUGUCAUGAUCUCAACCCUUGUUAUCUCAACGACUGGCUUCAGAUUGGUAUCACACCAGGAAUUGAAAAUGUCAACCUUAUGUUACCUCCGGAAUUUAAGCUUCCCGUGCUCACUUUUGUUUGGUGGGAAUGGAAGCUCGAUUCGUCAACUUCACCUCACCCACUGUGCCUUCCAUUCCACGGGUGGCAUUGGUUGCUUGAUGUAGGAACAGAUGACUCGGUCCAUUCAGUUGGAUCAUGGAGAUAUCCUCUCCACUAGAGUAGCGCUCACGCUCCUGUAUUCACGAGCACGUUAGCGUUAGUUUAGGUCUUUCUGCUGCCUUUCUGUUGCCUCACAACACUCAUGUAGAUGUGUAUAAAUAUGUGUAAAUGAGAUGAGUUCAGUGCGUUGCACAAAAUCAUUCUCCUUCA